CUCAGCGUCCAAGCAGAAUAUGGACUUUGCCAACUAAACUUUAGCUCAUGGGCUAAAUGUCAAAGCCAUUGUUUAAGAAGAAUCUAGACUAAUACGGAAAUCUGUGUAGAUCAACUAAUAGGUUUAAAGUAAUGACAGAAGAGGCUUUUGAUGUUGUGGUGGUGGGAUCUUGUAUGACUGACCUUGUCAGCCAGGCUACACGGUUGCCCAAGGAAGGCGAGACCAUCCAUGGCCACAAAUUCUUCAUCGGUUUUGGAGGCAAAGGGGCCAACCAGUGUAUACAGGCAGCCAGACUGGGAGCCAAAACCGCCAUGGUUUGUAAGGUGGGAAAAGACUUCUUUGGCGAUAACUACCUCCAGAAUUUCAAGGACAAUGGCAUACACACAGAGUUUGUUGGGCAGACUUCUGUAGCAGCCACCGGAGCUGCCUCCAUCAUGGUCAACGACGCAGGUCAGAACGCCAUCGUGAUCGUGGCUGGUGCCAACCUGGUGCUGGGGAGCGAGGAGCUGCAGCAGGCUCUGCCGGCCAUCCGCCGUGCCAAGGUGCUUGUGUGCCAGCUGGAGAUCAGCCCCGGCACCUCGCUGCGGGCGCUUCGGAUGGCGCAGGAGAACAACGUCAGAACCAUAUUUAAUCCGGCACCAGCCAUAGCAGCCCUGGACCCAGACUUCUACAGAGCUUCUGAUAUAUUCUGCUGUAAUGAGUCAGAGGCAGAGCUCCUGAUGGGUUGGUCUGUGACGAGCGUAGAGGAGGCGGGCCGGACGGGCAGAGAGCUCCUGAAGCGGGGCUGCGGAGCUGCCAUCAUCACCCUGGGUCCCCAGGGCUGCGUGGUGCUGGCGGCACAGGAGCCCUCCAGCCCAGCGCACCAUGUUCCCACCACAGCGGUCACGGCGGUGGACACCACGGGGGCUGGAGACAGCUUCAUUGGUGCCCUGGCCUUUUACGUGGCUCACUAUCCCACAAUGCCUUUGAAGGAAAUGGCCAGGAGAGCCAAUCAGGUGGCAGGAGUGAGUGUUCAGACAGUUGGCACACAGACUUCUUAUCCAUCCAAGAAGGACCUACCAGCUGAUCUUUUCUGAAGCCAGAUACAGAGGAACCUAUCUGGCCAAUCAUCUGGAUUAUGUGCUAAAGACUGCAGAUCAUUUAGUAAUAUUAAUGCGUAAUAAUUUUUUUUCAUGUAAUUAAGUUGCAAGUAGAAAAAUACAAUGUGUAUGAUUUACCUAGUCUUGAACUUGUCAAUGGAUCACAUCCUGUCUCAUUUAAUCAUAUGAAAUGUGCUCAAUUAUCAACAAACUAAUUUAUAUUUAGGCCUCGUGAAUUUAGUUGACAUCUUACACAGGUCUUGUUGGAAUAUUGCAUCAGCCAUGGGAAUUGUCAAAACAGCCUUGGAGGACAACAUGACAGUAUGAAGUAUUUAUGCAGUCAUAACACAUAAAUGUGUAUUUCUUUUAUUAUUUGCAUCAUGUUACCAACAAAUACCAACAUUUUAUAUUCAAACAUGUAUUUGUAAUGGCUGGAUGCAGUCUCAUACAGUCCCCAUGUCCAGAUCUGAAGAAAUGUUUUGUUGCAACAGGUUUUUAAUCUUAAUAACAUGAAGGCAAACCAAGUCAAACUACUACUGUGAGCCUAAAAGUGCAAGGUAAACUGAAUUUGAUCUUUUGCAACAUUAAUUCAUGGUUACAUUGCGGCAAGUACAGGCACUGGCAUUCAACAUUCAUAGCAGGACCUGCAAUGGGAUAUACCAAGAAGGACAGCUUGUUUGGUGACAAGUAACAUUUGCAGUGAGUUGAUGAUCUGUCCAGCUUGCAGUAUCCCAAAGUCACUUUUCUUCUUUGUACUGAUCCCCGCAGCUCAGGGAUGACGGUUGGCUUGAUCCAUUUUUAGAAAACACAGUGCCAAACACACGGCCAGCUCAAAUAGUGCCAUCUUAAUUGUCCUUGGUUAUAUGCAUCACUAUUAAAUUGACCUUAUCUUCUUCUUUUCAAUAAAGAGGACAUGCUUGUUCACUGCAAAGUA